CACAAUCACAAUGGAAUCAGAAGAAUACAGAAAGAGAGGUAAAGAGCUGGUGGACUACAUCUGCCAUUAUCUCAGCACUGUGAGGGAAAGGCGUGUAAACCCAGAUGUCCAGCCUGGUUAUAUGAGAGCCCUGCUGCCAGACAGUGCUCCAGUGGAAUCGGAGAGCUGGGAUAAUAUUUUCAGGGACAUUGAGGAAAUCAUCAUGCCUGGGGUUGUCCAUUGGCAGAGUCCUCAUAUGCAUGCUUAUUUCCCAGCACUAACAUCCUGGCCUUCCUUGUUAGGAGACAUGUUAGCAGAUGCCAUAAAUUGCUUAGGAUUUACAUGGGCAUCCAGCCCAGCAUGUACAGAAUUAGAAAUGAAUGUUAUGGACUGGUUGGCAAAAAUGCUGGGACUUCCUUGCCAUUUUCUCCACCAUUAUUCAGAGAGCAAAGGAGGAGGGGUGCUGCAAAGCACUGUAAGUGAAUCAACACUGAUAGCUUUACUGGCUGCCAGAAAGGAUAAAAUCCUACAAAUGAAAAUCUCUGAACCUGAUUCUGAUGACUCAAGCCUGAACUCCCGCCUCAUUGCUUAUGCAUCUAAUCAGGCUCAUUCUUCAGUGGAAAAAGCUGGCUUAAUUUCUCUGGUUAAAGUUCGCUUCUUGCCAGUAGAUGAAAGCUUCUCUCUUCGUGGAGAAACAUUGCAGGCUGCAGUGGAAGAAGAUCGAAAACGUGGACUCGUUCCUGUCUUUGUUUGUGCAACGCUGGGUACGACUGGUGUGUGUGCUUUUGAUAACCUUGCAGAGUUGGGGCCAGUCUGUGCCAAGGAAGGACUGUGGCUUCACAUUGAUGCUGCAUAUGCCGGCACUGCAUUUCUCUGUCCUGAGUUCAGGUCACUGUUCAAUGGAGUGGACUACGCUGAUUCGUUUACAUUCAACCCAUCUAAGUGGAUGAUGGUUCACUUUGACUGCACUGCUUUCUGGGUGAGAGAUAAAUAUAAGCUGCAGCAAACCUUCAGCGUUGAUCCCAUCUACCUCCGACAUGCCAACAGUGGAGCUGCAACUGAUUUCAUGCAUUGGCAGAUUCCUCUAAGUCGACGCUUCCGCUCCCUAAAGCUCUGGUUUGUGAUUCGUUCCUUUGGAAUAAAGAACCUUCAGGCACACAUCAGGCAUGGGACUGAGAUGGCCAAAUUCUUUGAAUCUUUGGUAAAAGCUGACCAGCUGUUUGAAGUUCCUGCUAAGCGUCAGCUCGGCCUUGUUGUCUUCCGCCUUAAGGGCCCAAAUGUUCUGACAGAACAAGUGCUUGCAGAACUCACCAAGUCAGGAAACAUGUUCCUUGUACCAGCCACAGUCAAUGACAAGUUGAUUAUUCGCUUCACCGUCACCUCUCAGUUUACCACUCGGGAAGACAUUCAACGUGACUGGAAUCUUAUUAGAGAAGCUGCAAUAAAUGUCACCAAUCAGCAUCACAGUGCCAUCCCAAGUGAUUGCCACAAGUUACAUGGAGAGACAACUGUGGAAGAGGACCAGAAGAUCAUUGUACAGCCCAAACAUGGAGAUUUAAACCCUAAAGAUUGGGUUGAGCAGAUGUCAGAAGAUGAUUUGGAUCCUUUCGAUGACUGCUUCCCAGAGAGCGUUCCAGUGGCUAGCAAACAUAGACCAAUGUUCUUUAAGUAUCGAUACUGGUCUUCUCAUGAUAAGAAAAAGACUGCCCGAUCUCUUAGCUGUAACAGUGUUCCUGUUCAUAAUAAUCCUAGAGAGAAAUUCACUGAUAAGAUUGUGCCCCAAUUUGAACUUCAGAAAGAUGGUAGCAUUCUUUCCAAGCUACCAGGAAAGGUCAUGAUUUUAGAGAAAAAUGCUUUUAAGAAGUUAAUCAAGUUCUACAGUAUGCCCAGCUUCCCAGAAAUUAGCAUUCAAUGUGGCCUCAAACUGCCCUGUUGCCCUCUACAAGCCCUCGUGUAGCAUGCCUGCAGACCUCCAGUGGCUUAGUAUUAAAUGUGUCUGUUGCCUAUACACGAGCCUGCCAAUUUAUAC